AUGAAAGUCAGAGUUUAUGUUGUUUCUGAUGUUCCGUGCAAUAUAACUUAUUAUCAUGGACUAGAUGUAAUAUUUCCAGCCCCAUUGAAUAUAUAUUCAUCUUCCCUGAAUCCAUAUACAGGUGUAUUAGGUACUGAUCCAGAAUUCACUCUUAACAAUGUUUAUUUCUCUUACUUUGAAAUCGCAGGAAACUUUUCAAAUGGUCGAUUAAUUGGAGUUAAAAAUGUUCAAAAAUCAAAUCCAGAUGAUGAACUUCCUCCAGAUGCAAUAGUCUAUGAAUCAUUUUCAAACAUAACUAAUCUUGAUGAACCUCCUUAUCGAGAGGUAUACCAACAUGUAACAUUUGAUUAUACAUUUUCAUCAUCAGCAAUUUUCUAUAGUGAUUAUCCAACAGGAAUUAAAUGA